GGGAGGGGCCUGCGCUCCCGUUCCUCCGGGGCCGGGUGUGCGACGCCGAGCACCGCUAGCGGAGCCGGCCUCGUGGUGGCCCUUGGACCGUCCCUGCUCCCCCCACGGCCACCCAGGCGGCCCCACGGGACGAUGAACGUGCUGGCUCCGGUCCGCAGGGACAGGGUCAUCGCCGACCUGCCCCCGUGUUUUCGGAAGGAGGCCGCCCUGCACGCCCGGCCCGCCUUCCACCCCGGGGUGGCCAGUGCCUGCCAGGAGCAGCGCACAGGGACCGUGGGGUUCAAGAUCUCCAAGAUCAUUGUGGUGGGGGACCUCUCAGUGGGGAAGACCUGCCUGAUCAAUCGCUUUUGCAAGGACACCUUCGACAAGAACUACAAAGCGACCAUCGGGGUGGAUUUUGAGAUGGAGCGGUUCGAGGUGCUGGGGGUCCCCUUCAGCCUGCAGCUGUGGGACACGGCAGGACAGGAGCGUUUCAAGUGCAUCGCCUCCACCUACUACCGAGGAGCACAAGCCAUCGUCAUUGUUUUCGAUGUCAACGAUGUGGCGUCCCUGGAGCACACACGGCAGUGGCUGGCUGACGCCCUGAAGGAGAACGACCCAUCCAACGUGAUCCUCUUCUUGGUGGGCUCCAAGAAGGACCUGAGCACGCCAGCGCAGUACAGCCUGAUGGAGAAGGACGCUCUCAAGGUGGCCCAGGAGAUGCAGGCAGAGUACUGGGCCGUCUCCUCACUCACCGGGGAGAACGUGCGGGAUUUCUUCUUCCGGGUGGCAGCGCUGACCUUCGAGAGCAGCGUGCAGGCCGAGCUGGAGCGCAGCAGCGCCCGCAAGAUCGGGGACACCGGAUCGGCAGCAACGAGAGCGACCUGUACCUCUCGGCACCCCGCAAGAAACCCAAGUGCUGCCAGUGAGGGGGCAGCCCCCAGCCCCCCCCCUGCUCACACCUCUGGACCAAAGAGGGGCCCCAAGGAGCUGUCCCAGCCCCCCUGGCCCCCUGCCUGCCCAGGCACCCACAGCCAGGAGCUCCCAUGCAGCUCCCUUAGCUAUGCAAACCCAGGUACUGCUCGCAGGGGGUGAUGCCCCCCGGCUCCCAUUUGUCUUAAUAAAACCUUUUUUUAUGCUUUUUAAGAAAA